CAGAGUGUGGGUCUGAGUCUCGUGGGGAAUCUCCAUCUGCACAGACAAACUGGAAGAGGACAUUUUAAAGACAGAAACCUGAACACAGCUGUCCUCUCUCAGCCAGUUCCUGCGCUUCAUGAAGCCAUCAUCCCUCAAGCAGUACCUGGGCUUUGAGUCCCUGCCACCCUUCCAGGAACAACAGCCAAAGGCCAGUGCUGAGCUAGACUAUAAGGCCUGCUACCUGUGCCACAGCCUUCUGACACUGGCUGGGGUGGUGGUCAGCUGCCAGGACAUUACUUCAGAUCAGUGGGGUGAACUGCAGCUGCUGUGCAUGCAGUUGGACCACCACAUCAACACCCACAUCCGGGAGAGCCCCCAGGCCAUGCACUGCACCAGACUCAAAGACUUGGCUGCCCAGACCUACAUUCGUUGGCAGGAGCUACUGGUCCUCUACCAGCCCCAGGCCCAGUACUUCAGCCCCUGGAAAGACAUCUAAAAAGGAGCUGCGUCGGGGCAGCCCAGGACUCUUGGCUUCAGCAGAAAGUGACCAGGGCUCAGGGAACUAGAGGAAGCAAAGAAUGAAGACUAGCACAGGUCUAGAUGCUGACCAGCCUGGUAAAGCAAGAGCUUGCCUCUGCCAUUGCCCCUGCCCCCACUCUGACAGAUUUUGCCUUCCCUGCUAUGUCCACCCUCAGCUCUCUCCCCUCCCAGCCAUCUCCUCUUCCCUAAGGCUUUUGUCUUCAUAACUCUGGUUUCCCUGGGCCCUCAUAGGCCUCAGUCCUCCCCACCCUCUUUCCUUUCUCUCUCUGUCACUAAUGUGAGAUUUCUUUGUGCACAUUAAAGUCUUAUUUCAGCAUCAGUGGUUUAGAAGACUUCCUUCAAUCCUUGUCCUGAGGGCUGGUGCCCAGCGUCUAGUCUCCUGAUGUCUCUGCUUAUGUUCUGCUGAGU